AUGGCAGGUUAUAGUAGUCUGGUGAGUUUGCUAUUAAUGGUAGUACUUGCAAGUAUGGCUUUCACCACCAAAUCCCAAUCUCAACUGACCAUGCCACCUGCACCAGCCCCAGCAAUUCAUCCUGAUGAAGUAUUAAGUUUGGCAUUAUUUUUUGUUAACAUUUUCGAACGAGGUUCACCACCAACUCCAACGGUGGUGCCCCCUCCACCAAUCACGAUUCCUCCUCCACAAAUUCCAACGAUAGUGCCCCCUCCACCAAUCACGAUUCCUCCUCCACAAAUUCCAAUGAUGGUGCCCCCUCCACCAACCACGAUUCCUCCUCCAUCAACUCCAAGAGGGGUGUCCCCUCCACCACCACCUCCAACCAUGAAAGAUUUCCUUCCACCACCAUUGCCACCGCAACCGCCAACACCGUUCAUCGCUCCCCCUGUACCACCAGAUAUUGACUUUCAACCACCAACAGAUCCACCUGAGCAUGCUAUUCCAUCGCCAAAUUCACCUGAAUCUCCAGUCCCGGAGGCCCCUCCCAGUUCACCGCCUUCUCCCAUUACACUGCCUCCACCGCCGGCACCAAAGACCGCUCCCAAUCCACCACCUUCACCGAGUCUUCCUCCACCGCCGGCACCAAGGACUGCUCCCAAUCCACCACCUUCACCUAGUCUUCCUCCGCCUCGUGGGGAUUCUCCGGAAAAUGAUAUUACACCGCCCCCGUCACCAGAAGACUAG